AUAAUUGAAGGGUUUAUGAAAUCCAGAGGGUGUCACCAACUGCUGCUUUUCACACACUAAAAACAUGAAUAUUUUCCAAGCUUAAUAAGAAACAGUCCAAGAGCAGGUCACAGCAUUAACAUUCAGUGGGAGUGCAGUGAGAAUCAGGUUCAGCCUCCUGGAUUGCUGGGCUUGUGGUUGAUUUUUUUGUUUACUCUGCAAAAGUUUCUGAUAGGCGGAGCAUCUAGUUUCAACUUCCUUUUGCAGCAAGUUCUUUCCUGCACUAAUCACAAUUCUUGGAAGAGGAGAACUGGACGUUGUGAACAGAGUUAGCUGGUAAAUGUUCUCGUAAAAGACCAAAAAAAUGAGACCUCCAGCAAAGAUUAUUUGCCUUAUGCUAUGGGCUGUUUGUGUAGCAGAAGAUUGCAAAGAACCUCCUCCAAGAAAAGAUACAGAAAUUCUGACAGGUUCCUGGCCUAACCAAGCAUAUCCAGAAGGCACUCCGGCUACCUAUAAAUGCCGCCCUGGAUAUAGGUCUCUCGGAAAUAUAAUAAUGACGUGCAGGCAUGGAACAUGGGUGGCUGUGAAUCCAUUGAAGACAUGUCAGAAAAGGCCCUGUGGAUUUCCUGGAGAUACUCCCUUUGGUUCUUUUAAGCUCACAGUAGGAAAUGCAUUUGAAUAUGGUGCAAAAGUUGUAUAUACAUGCAAUGAGGGGUAUCAAUUGCUAGGUGGGAUUAAUUAUCGUGAAUGUGAUGCAGAUGGAUGGACCAAUGAUAUUCCUAUAUGUGAAGUUGUGAAGUGUUUACCAGUGACAGCACCAGAGAAUGGAGAAGUCAUCAGUGGUGCAAUGGAAUCAGACCGAGAAUACCAUUUUGGACAAGUAGUACACUUUGCAUGUAAUCCAGGCUACAAGAUUGAAGGAGAUAAAGAAAUACAUUGUUCAGGUGAUGGUGCUUGGAGUAAAGAAAUACCAAAGUGUGUGGAAAUUUCAUGCAAACCUCCAGACGUUGUGAAUGGAUCUCCUAUAUCUAAGAAGAAUAUUUUUAAGGAGAAUGAACGAUUUCAGUAUAAAUGUAACAUGGGUUAUGAAUACACUGCAAGAGGAGAUUCCGUAUGCACUGAAUCUGGAUGGAAUCCGUUACCUUCAUGUGAAGAAAAAAUAUGUAAACAUCCUUAUAUUCCAAAUGGUAGAUACACACCUUUAAGGACUAAACACAGAGCUGGAGAUGAAAUCAGGUAUGAGUGUAUAAAUGGUUUUUAUCCUGCAACCCGGGAAAAAACAGUAAAAUGCACGGAUACUGGCUGGAUACCUGCUCCAAGAUGUACCAUGAAACCUUGUGAUUAUCCGCGUAUUAAACAUGGAGGUCUACAUUAUGAGAUUCUCUAUAGCCGAUCCUUUCCUGCAGCCGUAGGACAAUAUUUCUCAUAUUACUGUGAUCGAAAUUUUGUGACUCCUUCAGGAAGUUCCAAUGGUUACAUUCAAUGCAGACAAGAUGGGUGGUUUCCAGAAAUCCCAUGCCUCAGUAAGUAAACCUCUUUACAGCAA